AUGAGUACUAGUACAGAGAAUUCGGCAGGGACUGGCAAGGGACCUCCCAUUGAAAAAUGGGCAAUGUUCCUAGUCGGACUGACUCUCUUACAGUCCCUGCGUAUAGCAUUGACCUCUGCAAGUUUGGCAAUGGUAAGAUUCAAGAUACCAGAUAACCGUGUUAGUGAAUUCAUCAACCUGGUAUACAAUCCCAUGAAGUUGGCGGUAUUUACAGGAAUGGCUAUCAUAAACAUUAUGGCGCUUACACCCCAGUUGAAAGGCUGGUUUAAGAGACAUUCCAAGUGGUUCGCCGUAUUUACUAACAUAACACUAUGUCUUUCCUUCAUUCUGAUUCUCAUUGCAUUCACUUCAGGAGGCCUACUGGGAAAUCUCACUUUCUACUACUGGACUAUCGUCUUUGGCUCAUUUGUUUAUGGAAUGAACGAGGCAUGUACGAUGACGGUGGGAGGUACCCAUGGCUCAUUUUUCAAUGUGGGAGUUCCAAUUUGUUCUAUUCUGGUCUUCUUUUAUCAUUUUUCAUUCAAAUUCAUUGCAGAACUUAUGAAUUGGUCAAAUGUUGCCUACUGGACUCUGUUUUGGCAGAUUGUUUUGGCUUCAUUCAUAUCACUCGUCUCUGCUGUAGUUUGGAUUGUUGCCUAUACUCCUGAAGGAACCAGUGAUUCUCAAAAUGGAGAUAAUGCUACUCAAGAACCUUUUGCUGAUGGUGUUAAAAAGGCUUGGUCACCGAUUCUCAUGGGUGUAGUUGGGAUUGGUGGAUUGUACGUCUUUUACCCAGCCAUUGCUCCUUACAAGUUGACGGAUAUUAAAAGUGGAUACCAUAUUGACCUCGCUGCCUUGUUCAUUAGUGCGGUUCCUGGUAUUUCAGCUAGUAUCCUAUGUAUCAAAAAUAUUGGUCCAGACAAAAGGUGGGAAGGUGAUUUUAGAUGGUGGCAUUUUACUUGGAUUUUUGCUUUACCAUACUUUACUGCCAUGUCAUUCUGCCUCGUUGCACUCCACAAUCCUGGUAGUAGAGCAGCAAGUUCUAUAAAGACUAGAAUGGCGGCAGAAAUGAUAACCAUUACCCUAAUCUCUUGCGAGGAAGCCCUGGCGGCUGUUUCCUACGGAGCAGCCGCUAAUCAGGUGGGUAAGUACUGUAGCUGCAAAUGCGAGUGCGAAGAAUGCGGAGGAUGUGGACCAGAAGAAGCCGAUUGUCAAUGCGUAUGCAAAGAAACCACCUGUCGGUGCUGCCAAAAAGACAAAGACUGCCGAGAGACAUGCACCUGUGGAGACUGCAGCUGUAAAUGUUGCAAACCCAAGGAUGGAGGGAUAAUUGGAGCAUUCAACUCGUUUUCAACCCAAAUUGCCAUGAUUAUCUUUUCAUUCGUUGGGGACGGUUAUCUCCACACUUAUGAAAAGUACGAAGGAAACGAGGAUCGCUGGCCUACCAAGCAUUAUGGAACGCUGAGAUCAAUGUUGUUCUGGCUAAAUAGCGGAGCAUACGUGGCAUUUAAAUCUGCCAAGAAUUCCUUCAUCACGGAUGUCAGAGGUAAAUUAUUAGACAAACAUGAGACCUUUUUUAUCGUCUACGCGGAUGAAUGA